AUUAUUGAUCAACAUAUAUACUAAGACGAUUUAACUAUGAUUAAAUCCGUUACGACUAAUAGAUCACGUGACUAAGAACGACACUAGAAUAUAAAUGGCAGCGGGAAUAUUUCUCUCGUCUGUUCGGCUUUGGAAUUUGAUCAUCAGCUCCAGUUAGAUUUUGUUCAGCGGUUGUUGAACAUGCCAGUGCAACCCAUUUUGACUGAUUCUGGACAUUUUUAUAACCUGCAAUGCAAGCCCAGCCCACAACCUAGACAGCAGCUUCUGUCUCAGUCCCACAAUCCUGCAGAAACGAGCUUUUCACAUGAACUAGUAUUAAGAACCCAGCAACAUAAAGCAAGAAACACGAGACAGCAGUCAUAUGUUUCACCAAUUCCUUCACAUCUUACUCGAGACGAGUUACUUGAAUAUCAGAGUCAACUGAUUUCCACUAAUCCCCUACAAUUCAGCCGUAGUAAGCCAGGAAGUCAAAGACAUAUGGAUCAGUCAUUUGAAUUACUGAAAGAGCCUCACCAUCAGACAAAAUUUCCAAGCGAGCAGUCAUUACUUCCACAGGGGCGUACACAGCCAGUUCAACAGGUCUCGCUGAAUGGGAGGGAGCAGUUGUUAUCACCAUCUCCCUGUAACCAAUCUCAUGUAGUGUUAGGGAGUACGUCAAGGCGAUAUCAGAUGCCCUCAUCCUCCCAGUCUGGCUUUAAAACAGGACGGACACUGACAACUCCGCCUCCAUGUUUGGUAACACAGAGUGCAUCAGAUGUAAUGGAAGUCAGACCAGAGCAUUCGGUAUUGUCACCAAAACCUCUGGCAUUGCCUCAUAAUGAGGCUGUAAUACGAAGAGGAAAUUCACUACAUUCUCACAGUGAGGCUGUCAGUGGGAGGGGGAAUUCUUCAAAUAUCUUUCAUCCAAAAAUUCCAAGGAGAAAUCCUCUGAUUUUGCCUCACUCUGAAUUUGAAGAUGAGCAGUUCCUGCGGCCAUCAGUACAUUUUCCAUAUAAAAAGAGUUAUCCUGGUCCACAUAGACAUAAAAAUGAGGCAUUGGAGACAAGACCACAAAUAGUGUCAACAUCAGCUGUCAGUCUGCAGCGAGAUGAGGAUGUGAUUGCUUUUUUAAAGAGUCCAGUCCCCCUGAACUUACCGCAGCAACCCCUCCUAUUGGGACCCACCUUUGGCCACUUGGGGAGCAAACAUUUUGGAACUUCUGAAGGGAGUAACCAGGAUAAUUUUAUGACACCGUGGGAAAAUAAACUGAAGUUGAUACAACAGGUUAAGGACUGCAGUAAUAGUGGUGAAGCACCCAAUAUCAGGAACAUUUCCACAAACACUAAUGCCUCAGUGGCUGUGCGGAAUGUGGACAGACAAGCAGUUGAGAAAUCUAAUUUUCUAACUUCAGAUCCACUUCGAAAAUUGAGCUUAAAUCGCAAGAAAAAAGGGUUAAUUUUAAGCAACCAAGACAAUGGAGGUAGUUCCAAUGUGGAGAACGUACCAAAUGAUAAAGGUUACACUUCCUUUGACACCCAACAAAAGUAUGUUGAUUUUAGCUUGGAACAGUGUAAAAGAGCACAAAAUGAUGAUUCUCAAUUUUGUGAAAUUUUGGAGGUGGUAAAAAUGAACAAUGUAGGGAUCUUACAGAAAACAGAUGUCACAGACACAUCCAGAGAAAAGAGCCUCAAGAUUUUGGAUGAAAUUCCUGUAAAUGAGGAACCAGCAGAUUCUGAAACAACAAGUUGGAAGAUGGGAAGUGGAAGAUCUUUCUCUAAAACCAGGAGCUUUGAGCUCCUGGAUGAAGUUGAACUGACAGAUUUUGAAGAAACAAGACUGAAGACAGGAAGUGCAAGUUUAUCCCCUAGAAAAAGGAGUCUUCAUGCUGAAAUCUCAAAAAAUGAUGAGUAUACAGCUUCUCCAGCAAAAAGACCCAAGGUAAGUACUCCAGGAUCUCCCAUCAGAAAGAGAAGAGCCAAGUCCCUUUCUGGUACUGAAAAUCCCUCGAAUGGCGACAGUGCUGAUACUGAAAUAAAAAACCUAAACACAAAAGCUGCUAAGUCCUCCUCGAGAAAUAGAAUCUCCAAGUUUCUUCAGGCUAAAAAGGCCUUGAGAGACAACUCAGAAAGUCCAUUGAAGGAUAUCCCCUUAGUGGCUUCAGGUGAUAACAUUUUACAAAGGAAUAGUGGAAAGCAGUCAGCCUGGCCAAGGAUUAAAGACAGAGCUGUGGAGCAGUCCUCCCAGCCAGGAUCUUCCUCAGAUAAUGUCCCCGCGAAGAAACGGGUGAAGGGUAAAAGAGGCAGGUCACCAGAGGAUGGGAAAGAUGAAGUGAGGUUCUUUAGGUGUAAGAACUGCAUGUACUGCUGCCUGGAACGGGCAGACAUUUCUGUGCACUUACAGACCAGACACAGCGUUAUCCAAGGGUCAAAGCGAUUUUACCAAGGAUUUGCCAAAGAAACAGCUCACAUGAAUAAGGAAGAACUUAGGGGAAUUUCUGAAACCCCAGUGAACAUGAUACUUCGAAAGAAGUUAGAGGAGAAAAGGGCCUACAAGAAUGUGUCCAAAAAUUUGACAGUUCUUAAAAGGUAUGGUCAAAUAAAUCAAGACAGUGAUUUUAAAAUUGUUGUAUAUUAUCGCUGUCAUAUAUGUACCUAUGUCUAUUUACUUCCUUCUCUUAUAUCUAGUCACAUUGAGUGCAGUCACCCCUCAAUCACUGUCAAAAGUAGGACAUUUUACAGUAUGUGCCAAAGACGGUAUGCUCUAAUCAAGAAACGGGAGCUUGAAGGGGCUUCGGAUGAAACAAUAAUUGAAAAAAUAAAAGCAGUUCGUUAUCAUAAGAUAAAGAAGUUGAAAGGUGAGACGGACACUGUAAAAAAUGCAACGCUUGGAGAAGAAAGAAACAUGUAUUCAAAACGAACAAACAAGAAACCCGCCAUGGCACCCACAACAGCUUAUAAGCAACAUAAGACGACCUUCAAAUCAAAAUGCGCAAAAUCUGACAGCCAAGUUACCAACAGAGGAAAUCCCAAAGAGUGGAAGAAAAAAACAGACAAGACCAAUUCAAGCCUCGGACCAAAGAUGAAGAUGCAUCACUCAACCACCUUUCCUUUAAAACCAUCAGCAGGUGCCAUGCAAGAGGUGCCAUACUUCUUAUGUCUCAAAUGCUCCAGCUGUAGUCUAAGUCGGGAUGACUUACUAUUCCAUUUUUCAACGGUGCAUCCUUAUAUUGAACCAGACUCCAAACUGUUCCAUCACAGUUACACCAGGAAUACAACUUGGAUGGAGAAAAGCGAACUGGCAGAGGCCUCGCCCACCAUGAUAAUUGAAAAAAUACAAAACCGCCGCAAAGGAGAAAGAUCCAAGAUGGCUUCAAAACAAGGGGUGGUUCAAAGUAAUACCCACAUAGGGACAAAAGAGGUACAAGAUAAAAUUAAAUACAAGCGCAAUUCUUCUGGAAGAGCCAUAAGGAAGGGAAAAGUCAUCAAUGGUUCCAAGAAACUUUCUAGGACAAAAGUCAAGAAGGGAUCCUUGGAUAAGGAAUUGUCCAAAAAAGACAAAAAGAAGUUGCACACAGAAACGUCAGGGGAUCAAAGUAGUAGUAGGGAAGUCAUUGCUUCGGAAGAAAAAGAGCUCACAAUUUCAGACAUUCAAGAGAGCCUGAAAGUUCUGUCCAGCGUGGAAGAAAAAGCUCUUCUACAUGGAGCACGUCCAAACAUAUCUGAAAUGGACCAAAGUAACCUAGGGCAGGUUAACCACACUGUUAAUUUGAACGGAAAAUCUUUGAAUAAAGACGCAACGUUGUUCAGUGUAGGAAAAGGCCAGAGGUCAUCCAGUGAUCUCUGGAAAGGUCAGAGGUCACUGCAAAGAUCUGGAUUAAGAGAGUUGACGAAUGGACAGCCAGUGUAUACAAAUCGGCAUCAUAUUGGUGGUUUUUGGAAUACGAUCGUCUCAGAAUGACUCGUCUUUCACACAUAUACAUAUAUAAUAUACAUAGUGUAAUGAAACAAAGUUGAUGCACUUAAAUGAGUAAAAGAAACAAACUAA